CGUUCCUACCACUACCCUCACCCUUUAUAAAAAUAGGGCUCACAUUUCAUUUCAAAACAUAACAAGCUCUUCAUCUUCACAAUGGCUAGCAAGUCUCAUCAAGAAGCAGAUCCCAAUGCUAUCAUAGCAAACGAGGGAGGUUUUAUAUUUAAACCCAAAGCAUUUAACAUUGUAUGGGGAAGUGACACUCGUUAUUGGCGCAUUCCUCGCUCACCUAUUCCAGAUGAGCAGGAAGCAGCAGAGCUGAUUCAGGUAUCUUGGUUGGAAGUAACGGGUUCAGUGAAACUAGAGCCUUCAACCAGAUAUGAAAUCAGCUUUAAACUCAGCUUCAGAAGGGAUUCUUUUGGAUGGAGCGGGGCACCUAUUUUCUUGAUGGCCAAGGUAGGGAAGAAAGGCAAGUACAAGUGGAAAAGGCUCAAGGAACUAGACAACUUGCCUAAGGACCCCAUUAUGGUUCCAACCGAUGAUUCCUUCACUAUCGAACCUAUUCAAGACAUACCCGACAAAAGGCUUUAUUUUGGUUUGUAUGAAGUCUGGAGUGGGAAAUGGAAGGGAGGUUUGAAAGUUCAUGAAGCCAUCGUCAAGAAAUUAGGUUAACAACUGAAUCCAAUCCAAUCCAGACAGGCAUUUAUUUGAUUCUGUUUUUAUAGAAACAUAUAUAAUUAUAAGCUGCUGCUUUUAGUUUGUGUUUAACAUUGAAAGGACUCAAUAAUGUAAUAAUAACGACAAUAGUUGGUUCCUGUCA